CACAACAAACAGCCAUUGCGCAUUCAUCGCCAGCAUCAUCCCCAUGUUGCCAUCACUAGCUGACGUUCAGGCGCUCCUUGCCGAUAUUCUCAGCCAGCUCGGCCAUGUCGAUCCAAGCUCCGUGAGCAUUCCGGCCCUCGGUGCCGGGGCCGUGGCCCUCUACUACACCGUGUCCUCGCUCUGGUCGUGGUUCCGCCUCCGCCAUGUUCCGGGCCCGUUCCUCGCGUCCUUUUCGUACCUGUGGCUCAUGCGCACGAACGCGCUGGGCAUCUCGAGCACGCAGCUCAAUCGCAUCCGGAAGCAGUAUGGCUCCGUCGUGCGCAUCGCGCCCAACUACGUCCUGACCACCGACACCCACGCGCUGCGCCGCAUCUCGGCGCCGCGCAGCAGCUACGUCCGCGACUCGUGGUGGGAGGGUGUCCGGAUCGACGUCGAGACGGACAACAUGCUCACCACCAUGGACAACACCGCACACGACGUCCUCAAGGCCAAGACGACAAACGGCUACAACGGGCGCGACAAUGUCGAUGUCGAGGCGGGAAUCGGCACGCAGGUCGACAAGCUCAAGGACCUCAUCCGGCGCAACUACCUCGCUUCAUCGGAUCCGUCGAAACCGCCGGCCAAAGCAGAUCUGGUCUGGCUCAUCCGCUAUUUCACUCUGGAUAGUGUCACAGCUUUGGCUUACGGCGAGCCUCUUGGUUAUCUUGACGCCGACGACGACCUAUAUGGAUUCAACAAGCAGGUGGGCGACAUGACCGUGCAGGUUGCCGUCAUGCUCAACACCCCCGUCCUGCGCACCAUUAUCAACUCACCCCUGGGCCCUUCCUUGAUGCCUAAGGCCACCGACAAGGACGGCAUGGGCAAACUCAUCGGCAUCGGCCAGGGGCUGGUAGCGAAGCACUUUAAGGAGGACAAAGACGGAAGCAGUACCGACAUGGUUAGUUCCUUCAGACGCCACGGCUUGUCUCAGAAGCAGUGCGAGGCGGAAUGCCAGGUCCAGAUUAUCGCGGGAUCCGAUACAACCGGCACGACGAUUCGCACAGCUCUCUUUUUCACGCUAUCCACCCCACGCAUCCACGCCAAGCUCCUGGACGAGAUCAACAAGGCAGUGGAUGAGGGCCUCGUCGAAGAGGGUGAGACCAUCACGUACAAGCAAGCCAAGAAGCUGCCAUAUCUGCAGGCUGUCAUUUACGAAGCCAUCCGCAUGCGUCCACCGGCCUUGUACGGCCACUUCAAGGUCGUGCCGCCCGAGGGCGACACCAUCGACGGCGUCUUCCUACCCGGCGGGACAGCCGUCAGCCAUAACAUAUUCGGCAUCAUGAUGUCGGAGGACAUAUUCGGGGCCGAUGCCGAAAUCUUCCGACCCGAGCGGCUGCUCGAGUGUCCUGCCGAGCACAAGGCCGAGAUGGAGCGUGUCAUUGAGCUGGCCUUUGGCAGUGGGCGGUGGCUGUGCGCAGGAAAGCUGGUCGCGUUCACCCAGCUGAGCAAGGUCAUCUUUGAGCUGCUGAGGGAAUUCGACAUGCAGCUCGUCAACCCGUUGAAACCGCUGGAGGAAGACUCGGCGGUGUUCUGGAGGCAAAAGAAUCUACUUGUCCAGAUAAGAGAGAGGGAGUCGUUGUAAGAUGGGAUGUUGUCGUCGGAAUACCCCCUUGUAUCAUAGUGUACUAUCUCCCUUCUCGACUGCUUCGGAACGCGGGCGCUAGUGUCGGAGCAAAUGUUAACACUCGAUCCUGGCCAGUGGCUUGGCGCUUCCAACGGCCAGGAUGAAUCCGUCCACACAAGCACAGCGCUGUGCUUUCUUUCCCAAACUUUACCAUGAUUGACACAGGCAAGCACCGGGCGAAGGGAUGUUUUAAUAUGAGAUGGGUUGAGCCUCGCUGCCCCGACUUCCGUGAUGGAUGGGGCUUCUCCACCAAUCGGAGCAUUUCGAAGCACUGCAACCAUGUAACUUGCCCAACUGGGAAGCUUCGGACUGUGGCAGCCCGCCGUGGUUCAUUUGCACGCCAUCUUUGUAAAAGCAGGCCUUGGUCCUUAUAACAACAGCCUCGUCCGACACGGUGGU